AUCUUCAAAUAAUCUUUUCCUGCGGCGUUUCCUGCUGCAAAAGUGUUGUUAUCUGCAUCCUGAAGCUCCGUGACGGAAGAGUGGCUGAGUUUACGUUUGGCCCUGAACCAGUUGAUGUUGAAGAGCCUGCCAUCACAGGACCAGGACCCCUCGUGGCAGCUCAGUGCUAAUACCAAGUGUAGCAGUGAUAAAUAUAGCAAACCGGUUGGGUGCAAUGAUGCACGUCCCUGACACCUGGGCUUGUAUUCAAAGCUCUAGGAUACCUUACCUUUAUUCUUGAAGUGUCAUGUUUUAUUCUUUGUUCAGGUUGAGUCGCUGCUCUUUGACAGAGAUCAGCUGUUCUUCUCUGGUCUCAGCUCUGAAGUCCAACCCCUCCCACCUGAGAACACUGGACCUGAGCAACAACGAGCUGCUGGAUUCAGGAGUGAAGCUGCUGUGUUCUGUACUAGAGAGUCCACUCUGUAGAUUGGAGAUUCUGGAGUUCAGUGGCUGCAGAUUGUCAGAGAUCAGCUGUUCUUCUCUGGCCUCGGCUCUGAAGUCCAACCCCUCCCACCUGAGAGAACUGGACCUGACCUGGAACAAGCUGCAGGAUUCGGGAGUGAAGCCUCUGUCUGAUCUUGUGCAGAGUCCAGACUACAGACUGGAGACUGUGAGGUGGGAGUGAUGACGAUCUUUAUCCCGAGUCCUUCUCUGUGAUGCAGCUUCAGCAGAUCUGGGACAGAAACCAUCUGAAGGACAAUGUCGGGUUCUCUGUCGCCGCGAUCGCUGUGACAUCAUCAGAGUUUCUUUCUCCGUGCUAAAUGUUUGCUCAUCGUAUGAGCUGUCAAUGUUAAGUAUCAAGUACUGUCAAUUUAAAGUCAAUCUAAGUGAGGACAGUUUUGGUCCACAAAAGAGAAGACCUGAUAAAAGUUACAUGAACACACACACACACACACACAGAUGCGGGUAAUUUGAAGUGUUGUGUUUUAUUAACAAAAAUAUUUAUUUAACAAAAGACUCAACUCAUAAAAUCUGUCAAUUUUAUAUCUUAAGAACAUGUUUACGUCUUUAUUUCACUGUGAGACAGACUUUUCC